AUGGAGAAUCUAGUCAGCUUGCUGAUGUUGCGAUACAUCGUUACAAUUGUAAUCAUAUAUUUCGCAAGUGUUGCCUUUUAUCGACUAUUCCUACACCCCCUUGCUCGGUUUCCAGGGCCAAGACUGGCAGCAAUCACGAGAUGGUACGAAGGCUAUUAUGAUAUUUUCCAGAAUGGUCAAUACACAUUCAAAAUCAGACAGCUGCACAAAGAAUGCGGCCCAAUUAUCCGGAUCAGCCACUACGAACUCCAUGUGAAUGACCCAGCGUUCUUUAAGCACCUCUAUCGCCAAGAAGGACAUUGGCAUAAGUAUAACUGGGCCAUGGACGCAUUUGGAGCCAAGGGUGCAACUUUGUUCACGGCGGACCACGAGCUUCAUAAGAGCCGUCGUCAACCCCUGAGCCCCUUUUUCUCCAGGGCGAAGGUUGCUAGCCGGCAAGAUCUCAUUCGACGACAUUUACGUAAACUUUGUGGUCGGGUUUCUCAGUUCGCAAAUUCAGGAGAUACGUUGAACUUGGGUGCUGCUGCCACGGCCAUCGCCCGAGACGUCGCUAACGACUUCAUCUUGAACAAAAGUUACAACAGUCUUGAGCGAGAGGAUUUUGACGUUGCGAUGCUUACUGCAAGUCAAGGGUCUGGUAAACUAUGGCGGCUCUCUAAGCACAUUCCAUGGGUUCCUAAGGCCCUCAAGGCUAUACUGGUUGACUGGGUCUUAAAGACUGCAGGCAAUGAUAUGAAGGAGUUCUUCUUUCAUCUUCAAGAAACCAUGCAAGAUACUAAAAACCUUAUGGCAACUGCAGCUUCGCCUGUCUUAGACGAGAAAGCCCAGCGUACUAUAGUUCACGAAAUACUAGAAUCCAAACUUACAUCCCCGGAGAAGUCUCUCGAUCGUGUAUUUGAUGAUGUAACAACCAUCACCGGUACAGGAUUUGAGACAACUGCUAGCGUUCUACGAGUCGUCCUUUUUCACGUGUUUAAUGAUACUGAGAUCCUCCAGCGAAUUCGAGCUGAACUUGCUUCUAUAAAUGCAGACCCAAGCGAGGUCGAAUUAAAGACACUUGAGCAGCUACCUUAUCUAACCUGGCGAAUACCUGCCGGAACUCCUAUUGGAAUGACAUUAAUACUAAUGCAUACGGAUGAUACGCUCUAUCCAAACCCUAAGCGCUUCAAUCCAGAUCGCUGGAUGGAUCCAGAAUCUCGAAAAAUGGUUGACAAAACAUUCGCCCCUUUCUCAAGAGGGACAAGGAUUUGCCUCGGAAUGUAUCUAGCAUGGGCUGAGUUGUACCUAGUCAUUGCUACACUUGUCUAUCGCUACAACUUCCAGUUCCAGGGCGCAACAGCCGAGGAUUUCGAGUGUAUCAGUGACCAGUUUGCCAUUGGCACGAAGGGCAAGGGUAUUUUGAACGCCAUCGUUACCACGCAUAAGGUCUAA